AUGGCGAACAAGGCAAUCCGGAUUGGCUUCGUCCCCGAACACUAUCUCCUCCCUCUCCAUCUCUGCACAAAACAUUCCCUCUUCCCUUCGAAUCUGCAGAUAUCGCUCGUCCCGUUCCCGUCCGGCACGGGGCAUAUGAUUACUUCCCUCCGCUCCAAGGAGAUCGACCUUGCCAUCGGGUUGACGGAGGGCUGGGUGGCCGGCUUACUGAACCCCGACAACCACAAGAAGAGCGCACAAGAGAAAGGAUACUCGAUCGUGGGUUCGUGGGUGUCCACACCUUUACGAUGGGCAAUAGUCACAGGGCGGAAUAGAGAUGACAUCUCCACUGUGGACGAUCUCAAACAACACAGACGCGUCGGUGUCAGUCGACUCGGGAGUGGAAGUCACAUCAUGGCAUUCGUCCUUGCACAGCAAGAAGGCUGGCUCCACCAAUCAAAAGAUCAAAAGUCUGAGGGGUUGACACUGGUUCCAUUGGGCCCGUUCAAGGAUUUGAGAGACGGAGUAACCAGCUCCGCGGCGGACUUCUUCAUGUGGGAACAUUUCACUACAAAGCCCUGGUUUCACGGUGAAGGCACAGAGCUGAAGAAGAUUGGGGAGAUUUAUACGCCGUGGCCGAGCUGGCAUAUUGCUGCUUCAACGGAAAUGUUUCCGAACCCGGAGGGCGAUGAGACACUGAAGGCUGUGUUUGAGGCCUUCGACCAAGGUAUCAAAGCGUUCAGUGAUGAUACGGGUUCAGCGAUUCGGAUGUUGGGGACUGGCGAGGCACAAUGUCAUUAUAGUGAAGACGAUGGAAAGGAAUGGUUGAAGGGCGUCAAGUUCGUGGACGGGACAAGAGGGGUCGAUGAAGAUGUCAUGAAGGGCGUGGUUGAUGUAUUGAAGACGGCUGAUGUGAUUGGGACGGACGUGCAGGUUCAACGGGGAGAUGGAGUCAUUGGGAUUGCAAGAUGA